CUUUCAUUCUACAAUGUAGGAACCAAUGGGCAAACAGCCACUGUAACCGGUACUUCACUAGCACCAGCUGGGUCUGUUGCCACACUCACAUGUGAUAUUACAGGUGGAACAGUAGCUGCAAUUAUAUGGGUAGAUGACAUUACAGGUGAAAUUAUCUUUACUGGAGAUGUCCCUAUCACUGUUGAUGAAAAGUUUAGUAACUUUGAUGUAACUACCCUGACAAAUAUACAAUCAGUGAUGACAAUAUCUAGUGCAGAAGUAACAGAUGAUGGGAUCUAUACAUGUCAAAUUCAGGGUACUGAUGGCAGUUUGAACUUUACAGUAGAAGAUCCAGGAAGUUUAAAUGAACCAACUGUAAAAAGUAAUGUAAGUAGCAGUGGAGAGGAUAUGUAUGAAGCAACGUGUGAAGUUGUUGGAAGCAAACCACAAGUUAGCAUCACAUGGUAUCUGAAUGAUGUUGAACAGAUUGAUGGCAAUGGGAACAUGAUAGUUGAAACAAACCCAACAGCUACACCACCAUUAUCUAAUACAAGGAGUGUGUUCACCUUCCCAGCAACUCAAGAAAACUAUUUACAAACUUUGGAAUGUCGGGCUACUGGAUAUCAGCUCACAGAGCUGGAAAGACAGGAAUCGAGAGAUUUAGAUAUUCAUACCUCUCCAUCUACAGCUGGUACUUCUGUCACUGCUGAUUAUAUAACCGAUGGCACAGACAUCAUCAGAGUGACAUGUACUGCACAGAAUGAACCUAUUCCAAGAAUGAGAAACUACUAUAUAUUCUCUAAUGGUACCCUAAUACAUGAAUCAAUGGAUAGUGUGACGGAGGUCAGUGUUUCAAAUCCUGUAGCUGGAACAGAGUACACGUGUGUGGCUGGUAAUUACCUUGGAAAUACAUCAAAUAGUGCAGCAGUGACAUAUGACCCAACAAGAACAACCACUCCUCCUACACCAACCGCCCCAAUCACAACAGAAGGAACAACCACAAAUACUACAGCUCCGGAUACUACUGUGCCUGUAGUUGGCCCAACCUCACCUCUCGGGACCGGUAUGUGGAUCUUUAUCUUCAAUCAUUGUUUUAUCCUUAAUCUUUCUAGUUUUGGUGUGCUUUUCUAACAAUCUUCUAAACUAUUCCUCUGCUUUAUUGCUAAUGAUUGUUCAUUGAAUUGGUUUGUACUCACAAGAGGUACACUAUCAUUGGUCGAGAUAAAAAAAAAUCCCAAACAUACAUGUAUGAUCUAGUGAAAAAGUACCCGGUAAUAAAACAAAUAGCAUGUUGUUUAAGCCUGUCACUCUAACACCAAGUUGUUUAAACUUUUUGUGAUUGUUUAAACUUUUUAAACAACUUGUUCAAAAAGUUUAAACAGUUGUUUAAAAAGUUUAAACUGUUGUUUGAAAAUCAAAACAGCAGUUGUUAGAGUUACAGGCUUUAAACAACAUGCUUAGAAUUUUAAACAGCAUUUUUACAGUGUACAUGUAUCAGGAAAUUAAGGAAUAUUUUAGUUUUUUGACAAAAAAGUUUUUUCUCUACUUUGUUAACAAAAUUGUUGCUGGGCAAGUGUCAUGGGCCAUAAGUGUAUUAUUAGGAGUACAUUGUGAAGUCUAAACUAUUAUUGUGAAUUAAAAGUUUUGAAUGACAUUGGGAUUUCAAAAAUUGCAAAAUCUUUGAAAUCCCUGAGCUACCCUUUUGAUCAUUUCUGGUUAAGACUUACAAUGGCAAAAUCAAACUACCGCCCCCCUCCC